CACGGAACCACUAAAGUCUCGCUCAGUGUGCUCAAGUCCUCUGCCCUGUACAUGGUGUCGGUGGCUGCCAUUAACAGUGCUGGUGUUGGACCUUACUCCGAUACUAUAGCCGCCCCGACUACUGUAUUUGAUGAAGACAGCUUUUCGUUGGACGUGGACUCCCUCUCGCCCACCACUGCCACCAUCAGCUGGACCCUGGCCCUACCUCCUUCACUGUCAGCCACCUACUCCCUCUCCUACUCCAACACGCUCAACUCACACUGUUUCAGUCACUCUGCCAGCACCACUGGACUCACUGACACCGUGGCCACUCUGAGUGGUCUUCACGAGGGAACCCUGUAUUCUGUCUCUGUGACUGCGGCAUUGAGCAAUGGAGACCUG